GCUCGGCCUCGCUUGAGCUCGCCGGCCUUGGGCGAGCGAGGCCUCGCCUCGCCUCGCUGGUCUCGAGCUCCGCCGAGCAUCACCGGAUCUGGCGAGGCGAGGCGUCGCUCGAGCUCGCCAGCCGUGGGACGAGACGAGGGCCGAGCCUUGCUUCGUACACAGCACUCUUGCUUCGUACAAAUUGGAGUAGUCUUGCCUAUUUAUACUAGUAUAUAGUCGAUGGAGUAAAUAUCCAGUCUUCUAAAUAUUUCCUAGACUAAUCAUUACACAAAAGCUGGCUUUGACUGAUUUUUUCCUAGACAAUUCUGGAGUGGCGGCUUGGAGAAGAAAACUGGAGCCUCUCUUCAACUUGCCAACUUGACAGUUGGAUUUUUCUUAAGAAAAUUUUGGACAUGAUAAUUUCUAGAAAAUCUGCGAAUGAGAGAAAGCAUAAGGCUGGAUUUUUCUGGAAGUAUGUGGACAAAUCCAGAGAGAGGCGUUGUUCUUUAGAUGAUAGAGAUCAUAUGCAACUCUCGUAUGCUGAAUACUGGAUACUAUUAGCUAGAACAAUCAUAUCCUUCAAUACCGCUUUCUUUAUGGAGCUCAUUAUGUCCAUUAGCCUUGGACUAUGCAAACGAUGAUUAGGCCUUGUGGGUAUCUCUUGUAGUGGGAAACCGCCAUCACCUUGACCCACAAGGCCUUCCUCUGCAAAAUUCUGAUUUUAAUCUUCUGUCCUCAAAUUCACUUGCCGGUCGUGGUGUUCUUGGUACUUUCUCUACCAAAGCCAGUAGUGCUGCAGCAGCGUGCCGUGUUAUAUAGGUUGUUGUUGAGGAGGAAUAAUUCCAGUUGUCAUUAUGAUAUUUCUGGGAAAAGCAAGAUUGUUCUCUCUUUUUCUAAUGUCUCGUUAUGUUGUUAAAUUUUGCAUUGGAGGAGAUGUCAUCACAGCAACUGAGUAUAUCCAAGACCCUGGAAGUAUCACAUCAAGUGGAGGUCUCUACAGAAUGGGAUUCUUUAGCCCUAAUGGUUCUGCAAAUCGCUAUGUGGGGAUUUGGUACAGCAAUGUUCCUACGAAUAAUAUUCUCUGGGUAGCAAACAGGAAGAAUCCGAUUUUAGACUCUUCUGGUGUCAUGACGAUAUCUGGUGAUGGUAAUCUUGUGGUCGUGAAUGGAAAGAGGGAAUUAGUUUGGUCAUCAAAUAUUUCUAACUCCGUAAACGACGCAAAGGCUCAACUGUCAGAUUCUGGGAACCUUGUCUUGCUCAAACAGAGCUCUAACUCCAGUGCAAAUGGGGCUGAAACUCUCUGGGAAAGUUUCCAGCACAUGACCGAUUCAUUCUUGGCGAAAAUGAAGCUCAGCACUAACUCAAGAACAAAUGAGAAGAAGGCACUGACAUCUUGGAAAAGCCCUUCUGAUCCAUCAAUUGGAAGCUUCUUGGCAAGUCUUGAUACACGAGGCAUUCCCGAACUUUUCAUUUGGAAUGGCAGUUCUCUUUAUUGGCGUAGUGGUCCAUGGAAUGGUAAUAUUUUCAUCGGAGCACCCGAGAUGCAAUCACUCUAUAUUGAUGGGUUUAACUUAGUCGACAAUCACGAAGGAACAGUGACUUACAGUUUUGCUGAGGCGUCUUCUUUGUCAUACCUGUUAUUAAAAUCAAAUGGGGAUUUGGUGCAACCAUAUUUGGAUCAGAAUAGCAGUUCCUGGGGGAUUGCUUGGUCAUCUCGAGGGAGCGAUUGUGAUGUCUAUGGCCAGUGCGGACCGUUUGGAAUCUGCAAUGCCAAGAAAUCACCAAUAUGCAGCUGCUUGAGAGGCUUUGAACCUAAACACCUUGAGGAAUGGAGCAGAGGGAAUUGGUCCAGUGGAUGCGUUCGGAAGUCAUUGUUACAAUGCAAUGGAACUACAAAUGGUAGCAGUAAAGCCAGCAAAAAGGAUGGAUUUUUUAAGCUGGAACUGAUGAAAGUGCCAAAUUAUGGAAUUUGGACCGACGAUGAUUGUCAAGGGAAUUGCUUCAGUAAUUGUUCAUGUGUAGCAUAUGCAUAUGAUUCUGGUGUCGGCUGCAUGUACUGGAGUGGAGACCUAAUUGACCUACAGAAGUUCUCCGUUGGAGGAACUACUCUUUACGUUCGGCUGGCCCACUCAGAACUUGAAAAAAAGAGAUAUCUGAGAGAAAUCAUAGCAACUACAGUCAUCAUAGGAACACUCAUUGUCAUCAUCACAAUAUGGUUUGCCAGGAGAAAGGCGAAAAAACAAGUAAAGGAAAGCAAGGAAAUUUAUUUAUCCAAUGGAGAAGCACCUUUAGUGGUUUCUAGUGAAGAAAUGCUUGGAGAGAACUUGAGCAGAGUUAAAUUCCAGGAGUUUGUGCUAUAUAAAAUUGAAGAAUUGGCUGCGGCAACAGGAAACUUUGAUGAUGCCAAUAAGCUUGGACGGGGUGGUUUUGGGCCAGUAUAUAAGGGGACACUACCAAACGGUCAGGAAAUCGCAAUCAAGAGGCUAUCGAGAGCCUCAGGACAGGGGCAGCAAGAAUUUGUGAACGAAAUGGUGGUCAUUUGUAAGGUCCAACAUCGAAAUCUUGUUAGACUUCUCGGAUGCUGUGUCGAAGGAGACGAGAAAAUGUUAAUCUAUGAAUUCAUGCCAAACAAGAGUCUAGACACAUUUCUUUUUGAUCCAGUUAAACAAGUACAUUUGGAUUGGAGAACACGGUUCAACAUAAUUGAUGGAAUUUGUCGAGGUCUACUUUAUCUUCAUAGGGACUCUAGAUUAAGGAUUAUUCAUAGAGAUAUGAAGGCUAGCAAUAUACUGCUGGAUGAAGAGCUCAAUCCAAAAAUUUCAGACUUUGGAAUGGCUCGGAUAUUUGGGGCAAACGAAAAUCAAGCUAAUACACGAAGAGUUGUGGGAACCUAUGGUUACAUGGCUCCUGAAUACGCAAUGGAAGGGCGAUUUUCGGAAAAAUUAGAUGUCUUUAGCUUUGGCAUAUUAUUACUGGAGAUCAUAAGUGGAAGACGGAACACUAGUUUUUAUGAGGAAGAUCAAUUCUUGAGCCUUCUAGGACAGGCAUGGCAGCUGUGGAAUGAAGACGAUACUCUAGCCCUAGUGGACCCAAACAUUCCUGUUAGAUGCUUCAAGGUUGAGCUUUUAAGGUGCAUAAAUGUGGGGCUUCUUUGUACACAAGAAAGGGCGAAAGAUAGGCCUUCCAUAUCAACUGUUAUCUCAAUGAUCAACGGUGAAAUUGUGGAUCUUCCCCGCCCGAGGCAACCUGCAUUCACCGCGAGAAAAAUAACCCAAGACACAGAUUCCUCCGGACAAAGCCAAAAGACAUGUUCUGCCAACGAUGUUACUCUUACUGUUCUUCAAGGCAGAUGA